GCAGCAGCAGCAGGGUGGUGUUCAGCAUCAGUCGCUUUGAGCCUGUCGGAGCCACCAGAGGAGGUGGGAGAUGUUCAUGUUUACUGAACUCCUACACAGCUGAGCAGCCUCACCUCCCCCUCAUCAUCUCUGACUGAUGCUGCUUGUUUCUGACAACCUCCCAGCACCAUGAGCUCCUCAUCAGCCAAGCUCCACAGCCAGCGGCGACCCUCAGAGACAGAGCAUGCUCAAAGACAUCCAGAUGUGGAAGCAGCACAGCAGCUGAAGCUCAGAGAGAGGCAGCGCUUCUUCGAGGAGGUGAUCCAGCAUGAAGUGGACGUCUACCUGUCCUCAGCGCACCUGCUGUGUAUCAGAGACUACAAGAGACCUCCUAUAAGCAGCAUCUCCUCCAUGGAGGUGAACGUGGACCAGAUGGAGCCGAUUGACAUCCCUGAUCAAGACAAUUUGGACGUCUUCUUCAGCUCUGUGGAAGACGAGGAGUCGCUGACCUCUCCUCUGACAGGGAAAAACAAGGAGGCGGUCAGUAACGGGCUCUUCCAGCACGUCCUCGAAGGCCUCGACCGCAAGACCCGGAUGUCUUCCACGUCCUCAGAUUCGUCCUCUGACAGCCAGACCAGGGCAGAGACCCCCGUGGUGGGCUCAGACGACGAGGACAGCAGAGACGAGCGGAGGAGAGAGGAGAAAUCAGAACCUGCAUCCAUGUUUACAGGAAAAUAACUGCAGAAUGAAGCUGUUAGGGAUGGACACCUCAGACAGGGA